CUUCGCGGCACCCCACUCUUCCUCACGGCCGUGGUAUACGCCCUCUCCUUCGCCGACGCGCCCAAUGAAUCAAUCUCCACUCCGACGUUCAUGUUAAAAUGCGCUUCUGCCGGGGUGGGUGUCUUGUUUUUCGCCGAUGUCCUAAAGAGAGCGGCACUCUGCCAGAAUGUCUUCACCACCAUCCGCUCGACCGUAUCGAUCGAAGCGUCAUCGGCCGUGCGAUCAAUGCCGAGCACGCAAACUAGGUUGUCAAACUGAUGAUGGCAUCCCUUGCCAGCGAUGCCGAGCCGCCAAGCUCGAGUGUACGUUCGAUAACCCACCGCCGAAACGAGCGCGUCUCUCGGAAUCACUUUCAUUUGCCGUCCCAAGUGUUGACGAGGCGCCGCUCACAUCACAGCCCGAAGAGAGUGUCUUCGGUCAUGGCUUUUCCAGUGCCGGAAGCCCACUUGCUAUAGGUGAGCCCGCGUGCUCCUCGCUAGGCUUCGGCCAAGUUGGGGAGCCAUCGCCGGGCUCGGGAUUGGUGGUGGCCGCUCAGCCAGCCACGCAGUUCGUCCAGAGCAUCGAUCGACUCGAGCACGGCUAUGCUCAGUUGUUCGGGGCAUCAUCCGAGUCAGAUCCAUGGCUCCUGAGGCACUGCCGAUUCGAUGAUGCGGGUAUGAAAUAUUUUUACAAGGUCCAUUAUCGCAAUGCCGGAGGAGUGCCGACUGCGCAACGUAUACCCGUCCAUUUCAUGGUAUCGUCCGAGGAACUCGCGACUACAGCCAAGCAUGAAACGAGAGCAGGCGUUGGAGAAGUUACCAGAGAGCAUCUGGACUGCCUAGUACCUCCGGAAUAUGGCAGAAGACUUGUCGCAUUAUUUGUCAAGUACGUGUUUCCUGCUUUGCCAGUUAUAUCACGUUCGCAGUUAGGGUUGACCACAACGUCAUAUCAGCUCCCGGAGCUGUCUGCAUUAGCAAAAGUACCCGUCCAUCUUUUGGCCGCCAUUUAUGCAUCGGCUUUUCCAUUCGUCGGUCAUGACGACUAUUUAUGUGUUCUGAACAUGUACCAUGACUCACCGGUGCAAAAGCUCUGGCGCAUGGUGUAUGAGCUAGUGACCGAGGAAAUACACAGCCCUCGGCUGGCAGUUCUCCAGGCGGCGCUGCUCUAUCUCCACCGGCAACCGGUCGACGAGACCCGCUAUACGACCGCCGACACCCCAUUCAUCUGGUCCUUCGUGGGCCAGAUUGUCGGCCUCGCAUGCUCGCUCGGCGUUCACAUAGAAUGUCGCAUGUGGGGAAUCCCGGCAUGGGAGAAGCGUCUUCGGCGGCGCUUGUGGUGGGCAGUGUACGCCGAAGAUAAAUGGCGCAGCCUGUUGAUGGGCCGGCCACCGUACAUCCAUUCGGCCGAAUGGGAUGUCAGUGAGCUGGAUGAAGGCGACUUUCUCAUUGGCCCCAGGCAGGGCUUCUCAACAUCUUCGUGCGACACCGAGAUUCCCUUCCGGUAUCUUGUCAAUCUGGCUCAGAUUUCGCAAGAGAUCCAAGAAACAUUCUAUACACUUAGAGCCUCCCAAGUCCUCAAUGCGGACUUUGAUUCCUCGGCUGAGCUUGGUCAGGGUCUGCUGGACCAGCUAAACUCAUGGUAUUCUUCUCUGCCGGACGACUUCCGUCUCCCAAACUGGAGCAAAUCUGUCCAGGGAUUGGCGCCCUAUCCGACUUCAAUCCACUUUGCCUACCUUCUAUUGGUGGUCUAUGUAUACCGGGCCAUGCUUCGACCCAUGGCGCGAUCCUCAAGCCCACCCAUGAUAUUUGAUCUCGAGGAAAUGCCGAUAAACUCCCCACUGGCUGUUGAUGAUCCCGCUUCGGACCUCCCAGAUAUGACUGGUUUUGAGGCUUUACCUGAAAUAUCAAUCUCGGACGAGUGUGGGACUGGUGAAAUCGUUCUGCAUGGAGCAGAGAAGUGCGCCACAAUUCUAGUCAAUUUCACCCGCCGAUUGACUCCUAGUGAUUUUACUGGAUUUUGGUAUUCAUGGUCACGCAUCGGAUUUGCAACCGUUUCCAACUUCCUCAUGCUACUCCUGGUCCAAGCGCCCAAUAUAGCCCAUGCAACUCGCGGUAAACAGCUAGUAGGUUCAUGGCUACAGGUUCUGAGAUGUCAAAGCCAGAGUUUUGCGCUCGUCAAGCUGGGUCUUGCUCGGCUGGAUGCACUACACUGGGCAGGACUCUCGGAAACAUUCGUUCUUCCGCCACAUGUACAAGAAGCAACGACUAAUCAAGCGACAGCGGCCACGUAGAUGCAGAACAAAAUAGAACUUCAUAUUUUAUUUGAACGUAGAUAUUGAUCAGACUGAAAUUAGAUCAUGCUCGCAAACUUUCAAGAAUAGUACAUGUUCUUCUUCUGACCAUAUUCCCUGGCCUCUUGUCCUG